AUGGUUGAACUCAAGAAGGGCAAGAUGAUGGCCGUUCGAUGGGAAGGAACCCCUUUUUCUGUGAGCGUAAAGGAAGUCGACAUUCCAAAAAUCAUCGAUCCCCUAGACGCAAUCGUACGAAUUACCAGCGCCGCAAUCUGCGGAUCUAAACUUCACACAUACCGCGGUCGCUUGCCCACCAAGCAUCCAAUGACAUUCGGGCACGAGAACAUGGGCAUCAUUGAAGAGGUCGGGGAGAAGGUCACCACGUUGAAGAAAGGGGACCGUGUGCUCAUUGGCGCCGGUAUUGGGAAAAUUACGGACUUUGGAGAGAUUGGCCAAGGACUUCCUGGAGAACCGACUUCUUACGGGAUUGGCGAAUAUGAACCAGGAGCACUUGUGCUUGAUGGAGGGCAGGCUCAGUUUAUGCGUGUCCCGUUUGCAAACGCGAAUCUUCUCAUCCUCCCACCUGGCAAUAAGCGCGAGUUGGAUUACCUCCUUCCGGCGGAUAUCCGGCCCACGGCUUGGUAUGCAUUGGAAUGUGCAGGCCAGGUCCCGGGAGAUACCAUAGUUGUUUUUGGAGCUGGUCCGGUCGGCUUGCUCUGCGCGUAUUCGGCAAUUCUUCUUGAAAAUUGUGUGGUGGAUUUAUUUCAAGUUGGUUAG